AUGACUGUAAAUGAAAACACCUUAAGCGAUUCUAUGGACGAAUUCUGCGAACGUAUGAGACAAUGGAGUCGUGGUGAUGGUGACCCAAUUCGUCAUGCCUUCAGUCUUGGUCAAUUGCUAUUAAGGGAGAAUCCAAAUUCUAGAAACGCAGAUG